AUGAUCUCUGCCUCUACUUUGGCAGCUCUUCUGGCUUUGGGCCAUGGUGUUCUUGGACAGCAGGCUGGCACCUCGACUGCUGAGAACCACCCUCCCAUGAGCUACCAGAAAUGCACCUCUGGAGGACAAUGCACCACUGUCAACACCAACAUUGUGCUCGAUGCCAACUGGCGCUGGCUGCACACAACCAGCGGAUACACCAACUGCUACACAGGCAACAAGUUCGACGCCUCUCUCUGCCCCAACAACGUGCAGUGUGCCGCCAACUGUGCUCUUGAUGGAGCAGAUUACUCUGGCACCUACGGUAUUCAAGCCAGCGGCAACUCUGUCAGCUUGAAGCUCAAGCAGGGUAACAACGUUGGAUCUCGUGUCUACCUGAUCAACGGCAACAAGUACGAACUGUUCAAGCUGAAGAACCAGGAGUUCACCUUCGAUCUGAUGAAUCUUCUAGGUUGUGGUAUCAACGGUGCAUUGUACUUUGUCAAGAUGGACGCCGAUGGCGGUCUUGCCAAGUACCCCACCAACAAGGCCGGAGCUGCUUACGGAACAGGUUACUGUGAUGCUCAGUGCCCCAGAGAUCUCAAGUUCAUUGCCGGCAAGGGAUGGGUACCAUCAAGCGGAGACCCCAACUCUGGAACCGGAAACACUGGCUCGUGCUGUGCUGAGAUGGAUAUCUGGGAGGCUUCUCGCUACGACGGCUACUGCGAUAAGGACGGCUGUGAUCUCAACCCCUACAGAUGGGGAGCACCGAACUUCUUCGGCCCUGGCAAGACAUUCAUUACUGCGGACAACACUGCCACCGGUACUCUCAGCGCCAUCCGCCGCCUCUACGUCCAGAACGGAAAAGUCAUCCAGGAGGCCAACACUAACGUUGCUGGUAUUACCCAGACCAACCAGAUCACCGACAGCUUCUGCAAGCAACAAAAGGCCGUUACAGGUGACCCUGACUCAUUCUCGCAGAAGGGCGGUCUUGCUGGCUUCGGCAAGGACCUCGAUGCUGGUAUGGCUCUUGUCUUCAGUGUUUGGGACGACUAUGAUGCCAACAUGCUCUGGCUCGACUCCACCUACCCCGUUGGCUCCAACAAGGUCGGCGCUGCUCGUGGUACCUGCGCCAGCACCUCUGGCAAGCCUACGGAUGUUGAGUCCCAACAGGGCAACGCUGCCGUCACCUUCAGCAACGUCAAGUUUGGCGCCAUUGGCUCUACCUACAAGGCUCAGUAG